CAUGCCCCUUGCCCCCCUUGCCAUGCACCUUCGGAUGACAUGUUGAUCACCUCGCUCAAUCCAGCUACUUUAUCCUAAUCCGAGCCGCAUCGAACGCACUCUCCUCGAACGUUAUGCUCUGGGUUUUUGGAUACGGAUCGUUGAUAUGGAAACCACCACCUCACGUCGUCGAACAACGCAGCGGCUAUGUAAAAGGAGUCCUAAGGAGGUUUGCUCAAUCUUCGAUAGAUCAUAGAGGAACACCCGAACGGCCAGGAAGAGUGGUCACGGUACUCGAAGCGGCAGAUUGGCACAAACUCACUGGAGUUCCUCCUCAAGCACAUUCGAUACAAGAAGAUACAGUAUGGGGUAUCGCUUACCGGAUAGCGGAAGAGAAGGAGAAGGAGGUGUGGGAUUAUCUAGAGCACCGAGAAAAGAACGGAUAUACGGCGCAUGAUGUGGAAGUCUUCUCGCUCAACCUGGAGACACAGCAGGAAGAGACGGUCGUCCCGAAGGCUACUUGUUGGAUAGGAACAACAAGCAACCCAGCAUUCGUGGGGUACGAACCGAUGGAUCAGCUAGCAGAGCGGAUUGCUACUUGCGAAGGACCUUCCGGCCCGAAUCCCGUAAGCUUACCGCGGGUUCAUUGCCAUGACCACGAUCCAGGUCACUGAGCCGGAUUGCACGGCUGGAUAGGAUUAUCUCUUUCAGCUGG